GGCAAGGUAGCAACUAGUACGGGAGAAGCCGUCCCGGAGUGUCGGCCAGUUCCAUUGGGCCCCGACGAUGCGAACGCGCACGCUAGAUCUGUACUUAGCUAGAGACCUCCAUCAUGGGGCACCUAAUAACGUUGGCUACUUCAUUAAACCAGUGGGCGUUAGAUUUUCAAGGAAAUUAUGAACGUAUCAUUCAAAGCAUCGCGAUCGCAAAGGAGCGCGGUGCUACCCUGAGAGUCGGACCAGAGCUGGAAAUUCCUGGGUAUGGCUGCUACGACCAUUUCCUUGAAGGGGACACCAUCCUUCAUUCCUGGGAGGUACUGGCCAAGAUCUUGGCCAGCGAUGAUACCAUGGGAAUUAUCUGUGAUAUUGGAAUGCCUGUUGUGCACAAGAAUGUAAUUUACAACUGCCGUGUCAUUGUACACGACAGGCAGAUUCUGCUCAUUCGCCCUAAGAUGUGGCUCGCCAACGAUGGCAAUUACCGCGAAAUGCGGUACUUUACUCCCUGGAUGAAGUAUCAACAAUGGGAAGAUCAUUUCCUCCCAAGGAUUAUUCAAACCGUCACGAAGCAGGUCAAAGUACCUUUUGGAGACUGCAUUAUAAGCACGGUGGACACCUGUAUAGGUGUCGAGCUCUGUGAAGAGCUCUUUACGCCAGCAAGUCCGCAUAUUUUAAUGGGACUCGACGGCGUCGAAAUAUUCACUAAUUCCAGUGGGAGCCAUCAUGAGUUACGAAAACUUUACACCCGCGUCGAGCUAGUGAAGGAAGCGACACUCAAGCUUGGUGGCGUCUAUCUUUAUGCGAAUCAGAAAGGCUGCGACGGCGAUCGGCUGUAUUAUGAUGGUUGUGCCAUGAUCGCCAUGAAUGGCCACAUCGUCGCUCAAGGUUCACAGUUCUCCUUGGAUGAUGUUGAGGUCAUCACAGCUACGAUCGAUAUCGAGGACGUGCGCUCACAUCGCACAUCCCGCAGCCGCGGGCUCCAGGCUGCCCGUUCUCAGGCUUUUCAUCGGAUUGAAGUGCCGUUCGCACUUUCAAGUGGAAAGUUUGGCGAUACAGAUGGAGCGAUGGCCCUCGGUAUCCAGGCCAAGCUUGCUGGAGCAAGAUUUCAUACUCCAGAGGAAGAGAUAGCACUUGGUCCAGCUUGCUGGCUCUGGGACUACCUCAGGCGCUCCCGUACACAGGGAUACUUUGUCCCUCUCAGCGGAGGUAUCGAUUCCUGCGCUACAGCUGUGAUAGUAUAUUCCAUGUGCCGCCUCGUGGCUGAGGCUGCACGCAAGGGAGACAAGCAAGUUAUUCUUGAUGCAAGACGAAUGGUCGGAGAGCCGGAAGACUCGGUGUAUACCCCUUUAGACCCGCAUGAGUUUUGCAACAAGAUCUUCCACACGUGUUACAUGGGCACCGAGAACUCUAGCGCAGAAACGAGAAAGAGGGCCAAGGACCUUUCAGCAGCGAUCGGAUGCUAUCAUACAGACUUGAACAUGGACACUCUUGUCACCUCUGUCCGUGACCUGUUCGCGUUCGUUACUGGUAUGCGACCUCAGUUCAGAGCCCAUGGCGGAUCGGGUGCGGAGAAUUUGGCGCUGCAGAACAUCCAGGCACGGUUACGGAUGCUCCUUGCUUAUCUCUUCGCUCAACUACUUCCUUGGGUGCGAGGCAGACAGGGUGCACUCCUCGUCCUUGGCAGUGCGAACGUUGAUGAAAGUCUCCGCGGGUAUUUCACAAAAUACGAUUGUUCAGCAGCUGAUAUCAAUCCUAUUGGCGGCAUCAGUAAGACUGAUCUCAAGAAGUUCAUUGCCUACGCUCGGGAUGCGUUUGAACUUCCUAUCUUGAACGAGUUAGUACAGCUGGGUUAUCAGGAUCGGCACUUUUUCCUGAUAUUCUGCAGUUUUUUGACCGCCGUACCGACCGCUGAGCUAGAGCCAAUUUCAGAGACAUAUGUCCAAGCGGAUGAGGCGGACAUGGGCAUGACGUAUGAUGAACUAUCAGUCUUUGGUCGUUUCCGCAAAGUGGAGAAGUGUGGACCAUACGGCAUGUUCACGAAGCUGGUGCACGAGUGGGGCUCAUUCCUGUCUCCCGUUCAAAUCGCAGAGAAAGUCAAGCAUUUCUUCUUUGAAUAUGCGCGCAACCGUCAUAAGAUGACAACUCUGACGCCGGCAUACCAUGCAGAAUCCUACAGCCCAGAUGACAACAGAUUUGAUCUCCGUCCUUUUCUCUAUCCCUCUAGGUUCCCGUGGCAGUUUAAGAAGAUAGAUGAAGUAGCUGCAGUCCUACCUGAUCGUUCCAACUCGGCUGCAGAUAAGACCAAGACUGACUGAAUAACGUAGAGAUCCAUGUACUAAGACGACAUAAGGCCUUAAGCUUUAAGGCUCUAAGCCACAAUAAAACGAUACUUUGUAUUCCAAU